AUGCACAACAGUGCACAACAACAGCUCAGACCCAGCAAUGGUGCAUCUCCUCUUAGUAGUGCACAACAGUUAAAUCCUCAAGCCACUCCUUCAAACCAAUCAUCUGGUACAUACAAUCAAAUUGCUCCUAAUCACAUCAGUUCCGAUCAAUCAAGUCAACGUGCCAAUCCUCCUAAUUCUCAAUCUCGUCCGCACGACCAGUUUGUUGAUAUUCCACUUUCCUGUGGUAGACCCAAACAACCAGUUCCUGAUGAUCUCAUGCAGGCCAUUCUCAAUUUAUUCGAACAACAUGGGCGACAUGCUAUCAUCCCCACUUACCUUAGGCUUAAUAAAGAUAUAGCAUUCGCCCAUGAGCAUGAACAAGAUUUUGUUCGAAUGAAAGAUGGCCUACUUCGAGUUAUGAGCUCAACACAGGACUGGUUUCAGAAUGUGCGACGUGACAAGCCUCUCAAUCUUAUCUCUAAAGAAAUCCCCGCUGACAUUAAUCAAGAUGAUAACCCUACUCCAUAUGCUAUAAAUUUACAAAAUAUCAAAUAUCUUCCUCUCCCUCUACCUCAGGCUCCAUCAAGGCAUAUGGUCGAAAAGGCUUUUAUCAUUCUUGGAUUAACACGUCCACGGGGACCCAAGAGACCUAA